CGCUAACCCCAGAUUUCUCUUGAAGGGCUUGGCAGAGGAUUUCCUGCUUGAAGGAAUGACUGGAAAUGACAGUAGAAAACUCUUAUUGACAUCGCCAGCCUCUCUCCUGCAUUGCUACUUUCAGAGAGAAGAAUCCAAGGAGUGUGCUCCAAACAGGGUGAACCAACUCCGUUCCGCUUGCCACUCACUCUGUGAACCACGUCCAAGACCUGCUGCGUCGCCAGACAAAAAUAGCAAUGGAUGUCACUCACAGAAGCCUUACUGUCCCUCUCACCUUCGUCCUACUGAUCUCUUCUUCCUUUGGUAAGUCCUUCAGAACUGGUGGGUAUGGAGGCAGGAAUUCCAUUUAGUUCUCAGUUGAAGCCAAAUCUAUCAGAAUGGGACCAGAAAGGCUUCCAGCCUUUAAUGUGUUCAUUAGGAAGAGAGAUCGGCUGUUAGACCACUCUGGGAAUUGUAGUUCUAUGUGGGGAAAGGGGGAUCUCUUAAGAAAACCUCAGCACUAACAAUGAUCAUAGGAUUCUUUUCUGGGGGAACAAUGUAGGGUUGCCAGAUGUCCUCUUUUUCCAGGACACACCCUCUUUUUCAUGGGUCGAGUCGUCAUAGUGAUCCGUAGCUAAAUGUAGAAGUUGGCCAAUGUGUCCUCUUUUUAGCCCUUCAAAAUAUGGUAGAAAAUGUUACGACUUUGAAUGUCUUACAUAACAGAGUCUCCGAGUGCUCCAAUUUAGCCCUGGCACUCGUGGAUAACAAUAAGCGAUCCCACUUUGUUUCUGUGCCAUGGGAAAUUGUGGUUUAAGCUGGGGCCAUAACAUUGCUGCUACCUGGGCUCCCCUUCCUCUCCUACAAAAACUAUGAAACUAGCUCUCCUUUAAAUCGGAACCUACAACUAAUCCAGAAUGCAGCAGCUAGACUGGUGACCGCAAGUGGCCGCCGGGACCAUUCAACACUGGUCCUAAAGCACGCUGGCUCCCGGUAUGUUUCAAAGCACCAAAUACCAAAGUGUUGGUGCUGACCUUUAAAGCCCUAAAUGGCCUCAAAGGCCCAGUAUACCUGAAGGAGCGUCUCCACCCCCAUUGUUCUGCUCAGGCACUGAGGUCCAGCUCCAAGGAUCUUCUGGCGGUUCCCUUGUUGCGAAAAGUGAGGUUACAGGGAACCAGGCAGAGGGUCUUCUUGGUGGUGGCGCCUACCCUGUGGAAUGCCCUCCCAGCAGAUGUCAAGGAAAUAAACAACUACCUGACUUUUAGAAGACAUCAGAAGGCAGCCCUUUAUUAGGAUGUUUUUAUUGUUUGACGAGUGGCUUCGGAAACCCACCAUAUGGGUGGGGUAUAAAUAAUGAUAUUAUUAUUAAUUAUUAUUAUUAUUGUUAUUGUUAUUACUGCAUGUUUGCUUAAAAGUAAGUCCCAGUAGGGCAGCUCAGUCAGGCCUGCCCUUUCCCCCUUUUUGGCAGUGCAUAUAUAUAUAGGGGGUGAGACAGAUGUUGAAUAGAACGCCCCUAUUUUCAUCUCAGAAAAGUUGGAGAGUUUGAUAUAAAUGUGGCCUGUAACUGUUUUGAAAAUGACUCCCCCACAUUGACAUUCCGGACAGAGAUGUUGCUUAGGGCUCCUUCAUUUUAUUUUUAUUUUUUAUUAGGUUUUCCACAAUUAUAACAAAUAUCACAGAACAACAAACAAAAACAAAAACAAAAAAGCACGUCAAAGAAGAAAACAAUACGAGAAACAUCAUCCUACCCACCACCAUAACAAAUAAACGAUAAAAACGAACUUAAUUCUUUAAAAGCCCAACCUUAUAAUAAUAAUAAAUAAUAAUAAAUUUUAUUUAUAUCCCGCCCUCCCCACCCGAAGCCGGGCUCAGGGAGGCUAACAGCACUAAAAUAGUGCAACAUUAUAAAAACAUUAUAAAAAUUAAUUAAAAUCAAAAAUUGAUGGCAACCAUAAACUAAAGUUUUGUAAAGAUUGCCAAAGGAGGGAGUCAGGCUGCGCCCUGGCCAAAGGCCUGGUGGAACAGCUCCAUCUUGCAGGAAAGAUGUCAAGUCCCGCAGGGCCCUGGUCUCUUGUGACAGAGCGUUCCACCAGAUCGGAGCCACAGCCGAAAAAGCCCUGGCUCUAGUUGAGGCCAGCCUAACUUCUCUGUGGCCUGGGACCUUCAAGAUGUUUUUAUUUGAAGACCGUAAGCUCCUCUGUGGGGCAUACCAGGAGAGGCAGUCCCGUAGGUAUGUAGAUAUUGAUUGACUUCCUCUAGUCCCUCCCUUCUGAGUUUCCUUGUAUCUGCAUGUAACAGCUUUCCAAUAUCAUUGCUAAACAAAAAAUAUGUUCAAUUGUAGGAGGAAGCACUGGUGAAGAAAGUGGGGUGCGGUGGGUGCCCUUGAAGCCCGCCCCGGGUGUCAUCCCAGGGGGAAUGCACCCCCCUGGGACGCUAGCCCCACGCCCGCGGGCGGCUAGCCCUGCCCCUGCGGGGUACACAACAUGUAUGCCGCUCUGGGUGCUGGAGCAACUAGCCCCGCCUCUGGGAGGAAGAGUGGGGUAUAAAUUCCAUAUGCAAACAACAAUGGCGCCCCUCUUUGCUUCCCCAAAGGCACUUCAGGUGAAGCAUCGAUGAAUGCAUCCCAGCAUGUGAAGGGAGUCGUGGGAGGACAGGUCUCCUUUCCUGUAAAGGUCCCCCCGGGAAAACCAGUGGAGAAAAUCGAAUGGGACGUCAUUAGCCCUGUAAGCGGAGCGCCCUAUCGCCUUUGUGAAUUCAGAGACUGGAAGCUGAAGGAGUCAAAUUUCAGCACGUGGAUGGCAACAUGGAUGAACCUACCAGGUGAUAGGUUACUUGGGGAAAAUGAUUUUGUGACUAAUGUAAUGUCGGGGCACAUAUUUGGACGUCGGCUGCGGAUGGCUGACAGGACCACUCUUACAAUCAGGGAGAUGGAGAGGCAGGAUGCUGUAAUCUAUAAAGCUCGCGUCUGGUUUGAUGCAGAACAGUUUGAAGACCACUUUUUUAAUGUGACUCUUUACGGUAAGCAAUUGUUUUUCUCCAUUCUUGAGUUUGUGCUGGAGCUGAGCAUGGAAAAGGAUGGUCAUCGGAUGAAAUGGGGAGCCUUUUUCAGACCAUAUGCACCAUCUCUGAUGGGCCCUGGGCGCCUCGGGACCCACAGAAUUUCCACUGUGGGAGCCCAGCCAGGUGACAAAAACGUGCCGUGCGUGCAAUGUCACUCAAAGCAACAUAGGCACCAUCUUGACGGGGCACAUCUGUAGCCUCAGUGGACCCAGGCAGAGGCCCCAUGGCAGAGGCCCUGGCCCGGUCACCGCCAUGGUGCUGGUGAGUCAGCGGAGGCACGGCAGGGGGCAGAGGGAAGCGGAGGCAGAUCAUGACAUCACAUCGCACGCAAGCACGCCACUGAGCACCCACAAUCUGGGGCCCACAUCAACACCUCUGUUUCAGACUGAGGGCCACAAUUCCUCCUAGGGAAUCUUCUUGGGGCCACAUGGUGGUGGUGGGAGGGGGGAAAGUAGGCGGAGUAAAGAAUGUGACUCUUACCUUUGUAGAGUUGGCCAAUAUCUACACAGCCUCUCAAACUCACCCCCAUGUCUAACCCUCCAUCCAUCCAUCCAAGCAAGCAAGCAUCAUUUUCAGAGUUGAAGGAUAUAUUGAAGGAGCUGGGACUAUUUAGCCUGGAGCAGAGAUGACUGAAAGGUGAGACGAUAGCCAUCUUCAAAUAUCUGAAGGGCUACGGUGUAGGAAAAGUAACAAGCUUGUUUUCUGCUGCUCCAGAGGGGAAGACACAAACCAAAGUGGUGGAUGUCCCCUUCAUUAGGGGCUUUAAGCAGAAGCUGAAUGGCCAGCCACCAGGGAUUAGUUGGCUGGGAUUUCUGCAUUGUAGGACUUGGACUAGAUUAUCAUUGGGCUCCCUUCCAGCUCUUCAAUUCUAUGAUUGUAUUAUUCCAUCAAGGCAAAUCACACUCAAGCAAAGUGUGGAGCAGAGGGGAUGCCUGUGUUGGAAAAACGCCGCAGAAGGCUACCACCUUCCCAAGACACCGGGACAUCUCUCCAAUGGUCACUCUCUGGCUGUAAAUCUUCCUCAGUCCAGAGAGACAGGUGGUAAGCGACCCCUCUCUCCAGAGAGGAGCACGCUCAUCUUCUGGCAUUUCACUGUAGAAGAAAGAGACAAUCAGUAGCUCUAAACUACUUUAUUUACAGUCUAUAUCCUAAGAAUCCAUCAGCUUGUCUGUGCUCUCUCAGCAGCAGUACAGAACAGCAUCACACACAGAAGCGAAACAAAACUCUCCAACAAUCCUGAGACAUUCUGUCUCAUGCUCUCAGACACUCACAUGAUAUAAACAACCAUAGUGCUACUACUGAGCAGCUUGGGUGGGUAAAAAUCUUAACAGCCUGGGGGUGGCCUUGAGAGAGUCCCAUGGGCCAGAUACAGAGGCCCAGAGGGGUGCAUUUUCCCCUGGUCCUGAGGUUCCCCCAUUGCUGCCCUACACACUUAGUGACAGCCAAUGAGGCACAACCUCACAUGACUUUUGUGUUGAACAGAUCCAGCACCACCACCAAGGAUCAACUAUUAUGAUUUGAUCAAGACUCCAAAGAGAUGUGAUGUGACCCUGCAGUGCCAGACAUAUGUAGCAGGAACGUACAAUAUCUCCUGGGAAAACGUGAGAGCUUUAGAUAGUUUCUCAUUUUCUGACAACGGCAGGAAUCUCCAUGUCUCCUGGAGAAAAGACUCUUCCCAUUCCAUCAUCACCUGCCUGGUCCACAAUCCGGCAGAUCAAAAGAAAGCUUGGUUUGACUUGCGCAGAAUCUGCCAGGAUUAUGAACGUCAUGAAGUUGAAAUUCAUGAAGGUGAGCAAUCUUUCCUCCCACCCUAAAUUAUCCAGAGAUGCUGUUUGGGCCAGUGAACAAUUAUGAUAUCCUUAAGGGUUGGAGUUUCAAGGACAGGUGCACAGGCAUGCAGAACAUUUUUUUAAAAAACCUGAAGGAAAACACAAAUGGGAAACAUCCUGACUUCUGUCGAAAGUUGCACACACAAUUUCUCAGGCACACAGAAAGCUGCUUCUUACAGAGUCGGAACUCUGGCCCAUUUAGCUUCGCAUUGUCUACACGGACUGGCAGCAAUGGUUUUUUCUGGGGUUUAAGACAGUGAGUCCCUUUCAGGCCUUCCAUAGAAUUGAGGCUGGAAACUGGGGGUGCUUCACCCUUUAAAGUACCGUCAAUCUCUCAGCAGCCUGCAGCUAAAGCGAGAAAGACUUUCUGCUCUUCCGUUCCCCUCUGCUCCAGGCAGUGGUAUUUGGGGACUGGAGCAAUGAGUGAUGGAGUGGACAUAGGGGAAUUUUGGUAGGAUCAUGGGGAGAGGAUGGGCCACAGGGUUGGCGUGGCAGAGAGGUGGGGUAGAAGGAGCUGUGAUGGGAGGGCUGGGGGUGGAAGGAGGUAUGGCAAAAUGGCUGAAUCAACCGUGAGGGAUGGUUACCAGGGUGAGGUCCAUAGUGUGGUUGCAAGUGGGUAGGGGUUGGCAUGGAGGUGGAGGGGGAGUUAGGGCAGUUGCUGAUCAAUGGGGGCAGGGAUGGCAGCCCCUAAUAAAAUAUAGUUUCCCAAAGCUUUCAAUAACCGGCAACCAUUUCUCAAUGUAGCAUUUUAAACAUGUAAGUGAAACAACCAGAACCGGAAACUCAGAAUUUCUCUAAUUUCCCACCCUCGUAAAGUUCAGUUAAAGACCUCUCUGAGAAAACAUGUGAACAGCUUAAUGACCCCUUGUCAUAUUGAUAGAUUGGCUUUCUCAUGGGACGAGCUGACAAUUCAUUUUAUGCUAAGGGCAAUUAUCAGAUGAUCGUAGGAGAAAUAUUACGUGAAGGAGCUUACAAACAUGACUUUGGCCCUUAUGGAAUUUCCCUACAAAUGAAACCAAUUGGCAUUUUCACUUAUUCUCUGUUAUUUAUUCUGUUGCUCUUGGUCACAUGUUGGGGCAGAGGUCACUUUGGCAGUAGCUAUUAUGUUCUUGUUCCAAUAGGUUCUUUUUUGUUGUUGUUGUUCUUCCAGGCAGCACUUUUCCAGGCAGCAUUCAACAAAAUAUCCAAUGGGGUAUCACACUGGGUAUUGUUGUACCCCUUAUAUGUAUUUUGGUGGUGAUCUGCAGGUGUUAUGAGGUGGGGAAAUCCAAUCAGAGGAACACAGGUAGAACCCUCUCUAUUACUCUUCCUUCCAUCUCAGCUGUGAUGAAGGCUCCCUGCCAAAUAUGUUCCCACCCUUCCAUUUGUGUAUCCUGGAAGACAGGGAUUGGUCAUUGCCAAGGACUAAAGAACGUGUCUCAUGUUGCACUCUGCAGAUAUUCCCUCUGUGGCACAAGAGGAGAUGGUGUACCGUCCGCCACCCGAGAACCCAAUGAUGAACCGCCUUUUGAUGGUUUCUGCACCCGACAGUACAGCAAUGAGCCUCCCUACCUAUGAUGAGGUCCAGGUGAGAUGCGUAUGUCAAGAAAAUAAGGGGUGAUGGUUCGGUGCCACUGUUACGUGUCACCACCAUCUCAGGGUAGUGAGAGACUUCAGGGGUUUUGGAAGAAGAAGAAGAAGAAGAAGAAGAAGAAGAAGAAGAAGAAGAAGAAGAGGAGGAGGAGUUUGGAUUUGAUAUCCCGCUUUAUCAUUACCCUGAGGAGUCUCAAAGCGGCUAACAUUCUCCUUUUCCCAUCCUCCCCCACAACAAACACUCUGUGAGGUGAGUGGGGCUGAGAGACUUCAAGGAAGUGUGAGUGGCCCAAGGUCACCCAGCAGCUGCAUGUGGAGGAACGGGGAAUCGAACCUGGUUCACCAGAUUACGAGUCCACCGCUCUUAACCACAACACUACACUGGCUCUCAAGAGUCUGUGACGACUGCCCCCCACAUAAGUUAUCCUGCUUCCCACAGGUGCAGUAGAGGACAGUGCCCUGCGGCCAGUUUCAAAGUCAGAUUUAACUGGCAGACUUCUGUACAUCUAAUGAGGGGUGGCGGCACCAUCUGGUCCUUUGCCUCAAGCUGAAAAAUGUCUGGCCUCGAUUGCCUCCAUCGUUUGGUGACUCCCCGCACCAAAAAAAACUAUUCUUCCUUCUUUCUAAAAUACUGAUUAUAUUGCUGGCCCAAAACGUUAAAUUCGAAUAGAUUUAAAACAAUAUUGUCUGACUAAAGCAGAAGAGCACAGCCAAACUGUUAUUAGCUUAAUUGUGAUGAGAGAUCCAGGAACCUGUAAUAAUAAUAAUAAUAAUAAUAAUAAUAAUAAUAAUAAUUUUUUAUUUAUACCCUGCCCUUCCCGGUUCAGAAAACUGGCUAACAACAAAUUUAAAACACUUAAUUGAUGCAACAAAAAACAGCAUAAAAUACAGUAUAAAACAUGAAUAUCAAUAAAUUCAGAAUUCAAAAAUCAAUUUAGGGGGGAAAUCCAUCCAAUAAACAUUAGAUGAUCACCAGGGCUAGCUGGCUAAAUUAGUCCUAUUUGGGCCAGUGAGGAGAUCAGGGGAGAAUUAGCUGUGGGAUCCCAGAGCGGGUAAUCUUCAUAAAAUGGGGAGGGGGAGGGAAGGGAGGGGAAUAAAAGGUCAGGCUGAGUUCAAAUUGAAAGCCAGGCGGAAUAGCUCUGUCUUACAGGCCCUGCGGAAGGAGUUUAAAUCCUGCAGGGCCCUGGUCUCAUGGGACAGAGCAUUCCACCAGGUCGGAGCCAUCACUGAGAAGGCCCUGGCCCUGGUGGAGGAUAAUUUGACUUCCUUAGAGCCCAGGACCUCUGACCUAUGGUUAUUCACAGACCUUAAGCUAUCCCUAAACACUUGAACUAAGAGGUAUAGUUGAGUCAUCUGCCUUUUGCUGAAUUUGUGGCUGAGCUGGUGGUUUAGGUGGGCUCCAAUGCUCUUUCGGGAGCUGCUUCCCACAGUCUCCUGUACCGUGUUGUUUAACUGCUCCUCUUUCUCCUCCACCUGCAGGCUGACCGGAAUGGAGGAGAAAGUACAUUGUGCUCAGAACCGCCAGCCUAUGAUUCCCUUUCUGAUUGCAUAGCGUCUGCCCCAGAUGCCUGUGACUGCAGCUGUGACUGCAGCUAGCUAUCCUGGAUUCAGAGCUGAGGACCCGACUGAAGAAACCGAGUGACUGCCAGACAAGCUGGGGGAGAUGGCCGACACUGACACCCCCACCCAGUUUGAGAACACUGUCCGAAAAAGGUCAUGGGGCAGGGUGAAAAUCAAGAAGAGGGACUUUUCUCUGAUCCUGUGGCUGCAAUGGAAAAGCUGCUGGGAACAUCAUUUGGCUUUGCUCAUUUCCCCCUCCUGGGACCCUUAUAAAGAGGAAAUGCUGCCUGAGUCUUUGCUUUUAGCAACCGAUCUUCAGAAACAUUGCUGUCUCCAGCUGUGGAGGCUGAACUAUGCUCCGGGGUUCUAUUUCAUAUUUACAUAAAGCCAUUGUUAGGGAUUUCAGGGCAAAAGGUGCCUUUUACCUACUGCAGCUAUUUUGACAGCUACAGCCAUACCCAGACCAUGAAAGCCUUGCCACAGUAGUUCAUAUACUUCAAGACUGGAUUCCUGCAACAUGCGGGUUUCCUCUCUUGAUAUGGAAGCUGCAGUUGUUGCAGAAUGCUGCAGCAUGAUCGCUGAUAUGUGUGUGGCUUUGUCCGCACAAACACCCCCUUUUCAGAGCUCUGCACUGGUUGCCAAUUGGCCAAUGUCCUGCCAACUUCAAGGUGUUCAUAUUAGGACUGGCAACGGCUGUUUUGUGCAUGAUCAAAUCAACACCUUGAUGGGGUGGUGGCAUAACAGGGCAUAGGUAAAGGUAAAGGGACCCCUGACCGUUAGGUCCAGUCGUGGCCGACUCUGGGGUUGGAGUGCUCAUCUUGCUUUAUUGGCCUUGGGAGCCGGCGUACAGCUUCCGGGUCAUGUGGCCAGCAUGACUAAGCCACUUCUGGAAAACCAGUGCAUGGAAACGCUGUUUACCUUCCCGCCAGAGCAGUACCUAUUUAUCUACUUGCACUUUCAUGUGCUUUUGAACUGCUAGGUUGGCAGGAGCUGGGACUGAGCAACGGGAGCUCACCCCAUCGCGGGGAUUCGAACUGCUGACCUUCUGAUCGGCAAGCCCUAGGCUCUGUGGUUUAACCCACAGCGCCACCCGCGUCCCCAUAGUAGGGGGUAAAAGUGCAUAAUGGGGUUGGAUUGGGCUGGGCUGCACUGCACUGCAGCGUGAGAUGACCCAGAACACAAUCCCCAUGCAAAUUGGGAGUUGCCUGUAUAUAAAGCCCUUAACAGCUUGGGAGCAGUUUACAUACAAAACCGCCUUACCUCACAUAUGCCCACUCAUCCACUUCAAUUGGCAGAAUUGCACUAGUACAGGUGUCCCAUAAUAUCAGCCCUGUGGGUGUAAGAACUCAACCCUAUAGCAUGGCAGAGCUUGCACUUUGGAACUCCCUGCCUGUGGAACUCAAGCAGGUGCCUUCACUGUCGUUUAUAAAGACACUGAACAACAACAUCACUUUUAAUCUGUUUCAGUAUUUUAACUUUUGUCUGUUUUAAAGGCGGGCUGUAUUUUUUUUUCUUGAUUUUAUCUUUUGCAAACCGCUUUGAGGUGCUACCAAAUGCAUAGCCUCCAACAUGUCAAGGUGAAAAACUGGGCCACUGUGCUGCUGUGUGGGAAAAUGGGAUGUUCCAGUUUUAAUGGGACAGUUGAGGGCAUCUGAAGUAGCAACAGAUUUUCUUCCAAAUGAAGAAGUUAUAUCAUUAUUAUUAUUAUAUUAUAUCUAUUGUAACUAUUCUUUUUUAAAAUGUGAUGCUUAUUGUUGUUAUAAUAUUAUGUAAAUUGCUUGUGAGGUCUGCCUGAAAAGCGGUAUAUAAAUUCUGCAAAUAAUAAUAAUGCAGAUGUAUUUUUUGAAACCUCAGGCACUACAGUGUUAACCGGUGUAUUUAUUUUUGAAAUAAAGAAAAUAUAUGCCUUCA